GACAGUGAACAAGGCAGUGUAAACCGAGUAGUAAUAAAUUUAUUUAGUACUGUUGCUUAGCAUAGUGUGAUGUGAGGUUAUCUUUCUAGUUUCAACGUCAUGUCGUCGGCAUCAAUCGUGAUCAAUAAUUCCGCGUUUAUUGUAAAACUGUUAAAUUAUUAAACAUACUGGUGAAAUUAAUGCAUGUCAAUAGUGGAUUUCAAGUGUUAGGAACAUAUCAGUGACAGAAUGUUAACUUGAUUACAUAAUUUACUAGUGUUUUUUAUAUUUUAAUCGACCAAAGCAGAUUCCAAAUAUUAAAAUAAUAAUACCCAGACAAAGUUAUCAUUUUGUGAAUAAAGCAUGGCAAAAAGACUGCUUAGAGAUGUAUUAAUAACCCAUAAAAACUUAACAACUAGUCCUUUACGAAUAAAUUAUAAGCAUAGGCAUUUACAUACUGAUGACCCGGGGCGGCAUCAGAGACAGCUGAACUGGGUAAGGGGCGCAAAUAUGAGUCUCUGAGAGAUGACUACAUAUUUGUGCCACUUGCUGUAGAGACUGUGGAGUCCACGUACGGUGAAGUUCCUAAAGGAACUCUAUCCACGACUCGCCGUUGCUGCUGGUGAUAAGAGGGCUGGUUCUAUUCUCGCUCAAUGGCUAUGUAUAGCCAUUUAGCGAGGAAACGCAGCCAGUGUUCUUGGCACGAUACCACGGGGAGUAGGAUUGUAGGAUUGUAUGAUAAUUAAGUUAUUAGUCAGUUUUUUUAUUAUACUUUUUUUGUUUAUAAUAAAACACAAAAAAAAAUUAAACUAAGAUAAUAUACAUACCUACCUAUAUGAACUAUUUGCCAUAGUCUUACGAUGUUCAUUAUAAUUGAUAUACCUACUUGCACAAUUGGUGUUCCGUAAGAUAAUUGAUUAUUUUGACAUAAUUUAUCAGUAGGUAGGUACAUGUUUUUUUCUCUUCUAUCUUUUGAUUUUAUGACCCCACUCAUUUCAGAGAAUACCAAAAGAAGUAAAGAUUCCAGUUCAAUGGGGCCAUAUAUCUGCGAAGUUGUGGGGAAAUGAACAGGAACAACCAAUUUUGGCAUUACACGGUUGGCAGGACAAUGCUGGUACUUGGGACACUCUGGCACCACUGCUUUAUGAAAAGCGACCCAUUCUCGCCAUUGAUUUUCCAGGACAUGGAUAUUCAUCUUGGUAUCCACCAGGUAUGAUGUAUUAUCCAUGGGAAUUCGUACGUCUAAUUCUUUUCAUAAAAGAAUACUAUAAAUGGGAUAAAAUUUCACUACUCUGCCAUUCAAUGGGAGCUAUUGCAGGACUACGGUUCGCCAGUUUGUUUCCCGAUGAAGUGGCAUUUUAUAUAGCAAUUGACAGUCUCGUUUCCGACGAUUAUGACUUACAUUUGGUUGUGGAUAAAUAUCCGAAAACCUUGCGAAAUAUACAAAUUGCACAAACACGUUUAGAAGACGAGCCGCCGUCCUACACCAUAGAAGAAAUGACAAAAAUCUGGCACAUGGGUACGAUGAAGUCUGUUGCCUUAGAAAGCGUCAAACAUUUACUGAAACGAGGUUCGAAGCCAUCGAGUCGCGAUCCUAAUAAAUAUUACUUUUCAAGAGACUCUAGAUUAAAGCACACUUUAUUUAAUCCGGAGAACAAAAAGUUUGUAGAAGCUCUUGUUAAAAGAUUAUCUUGUCCAUCCUUAUAUGUGAAAGGUUUAGACUCUCCCUAUGCAUCAGACGAGUUUUCUGUAGAAAUGCGCGAAAUGAUAAGAAAAAAUAAUCCAAAAUUUGAUUGUCAUUUUGUACCUGGUACUCAUCACGUUCAUUUAAAUGAUCCUGAAAAAAUUGCGGAUUUAAUUCUGCCAUUUUACCAAAAAUAUAAUUUAAUUUAAAAAAGCUUAGUAUUUUGUAACCCUUAUUUAUUUGGUCGAUAAGAAAGUACUUAUGUUGUUAGUUUGGUGUCAUGGUGUCACUUAAAAUCCAUUUUUAUUCAAAAAUAAAUAAAGUAUAACAUAUUACAUACUUUUCAUUUUAUUUAACGAUCUUGCCACCAUUUCUCUCUACAUGAUUUCAUGUUCACAUAAAUUCUGGUCCUUAUUAGCAAAAUACUUGAAUCAAUGACAGAAGUUAUUUUGUCACCACCGAAAGUACUUUCUUGCCUUCCAUAAAAACGUGAUAGUAAUCCAAAUACAUACAAAAUCUGUGAUUGUAAUGUAAUGUGUUUCCAUGUAGUAGACUGCGUAAGAAAAUUGUGAUUCCAUGAGAGCUCGACAAAGGGAAACUUAAACAGGAGAUGUACAACAGCUUUUUGGUAUUAACUAGCCAAUAAUAAUAAUAAAACUGCAGUGGUCAACCCACCUGCGAAACGUGGCAACUAUGGCAAAUGUCUGCUAUAAGCUAUAAGAGGCAAUCUACGAAGAAGGCUUAUGUUCAGCUGUGGACUUCAAUGGGCUGUAAUAAUUACCAGUAUUCCACCACAAAUAACCACAGCCACCUUCCAUUCGCAGUAGUGGUGAUAGCCCUUGGUCUAUCCAGAUGCUUUGACUGAGCGUUUGAUGUGUGACAAAAAUUAGUAUUGUUACGGAAUCAUCACUAAAAAUGUCUCAAUAUUUUUAAAGAAAUUUUUGAAUAUUCUAAAAUUUCCACACUUAUACAAAACAGUACAUGCCCUACACUCCCUGAAGCUUCUGGACUUAGUUCUCAGUAAGAACCAACAUUUGUUCAAAAACAAAAGUUUAGACUUGGUUUGACAUAAAUUGUAAUUUUUCACUACAACUACUUUUAAUCCUAACACAUAAAGGUUAUAUCGGGCACCAGUAGGUUAGGGCCGGAAGACAUGAAUUCAUCUGUGGUACUCGUCAGGUGUUAAGUAAUAAAAUAUCUGUGAUUGUAUUUGAAAUUGUCGCUGUGAUCAUUGUCUAUACUUUAUCAUCAUCAGGGAGAUGACCUCUCUCCUCUCUUCCUCCUUCCCUUUUCAAUCUUUUACAACUUUUUUUAAUGUCACUAUAACAGUCAUUAGCUAUCAUUUUAUGUAUUAAAUGUUUUUAAACAAGGUAUUUAUACUAGUAUGCUGCUAUGCCAGCAAAUACACACAUGUUAAUUUUAACAAUUAAAUUGUAUUGUACAAGCUACUAGUCAUUUAUAUUAUAUAUUAUAAAGAUGAAUUGCUUUGUUGUUUUUCUGAAAAUCAGUAAACAGUAUUAAAAAUAUAAUAAAGUUAGAAUGUAUUUUCAAUAUUCAACUUUUUUUGUACAUUUCUUAAGCUUAAAUUGUUAAAUAACAAUACAACAAAACCAUUUCAAAGAUAUAAAAACUUGUCAUGUACCAUUUGUACUUUGAUUAGAAAUAUCUUCACUUGAUGUUGAAUCACAUAAACUUUGGCUAACAUGUGCUCCUUUUCUUAGUGGUAAUACUUUUAAAAGAGCGUCUUGCCAAGGAACUCCUUCACAUACUCUAAGAACUAUCUCAAACACUGUAACAAAAAAUGUACAAGUUCAUUUAAAGCAAAUAUGGUAAAAUCAUUUAACGAGAAAUAAAAUAGUAUUCUAUAUAGGUAGUGGUGCACACGCUGCUUUCAUUUUAACCUCAUUUACUAGUAUGUAGUAAGCAAUGUUAAUAUAUAUAUAGCUAAUAAAAAAUAUGUACUCAUGUUGAAAGGUGUAGACUAUAGACAAUAACAAAAUAAGUGAAAGUGAUAAUUCAAAGUGAGUUUGUAAUUAUUAUUAUCUAUCUAUUUUUAUAUUACCAAUGUUAUAUUUUAAUAUAUUUAUUAGUCAUAAUUAGUAAUCAAUUAAAAUUUUUCGAAAUUAUUUAUUCAUUUAUUUUACUUUAAAAUUUGUAUUUAAAUUAAAAACUGUUUAGUUUAUUUUUUAAUUUUCUUUAAACAGUAUAUUAAUAAAAGACCUUACCAUGGUCAAUUGUUAAAACCUUCCUUGUUUUCAUAUUGACAUAUUUAGUUAAAGGUAACUGACAAUGUCUUAUGCCCUGUUCUACAGCAAUUUUGUGGCAAAGUCCCUGGAAAAUAAAUUGUGUUUACCA